UUUUGAAGGCCAAGCUCUCCUGCCUACAGCAGAUCAGUUGUGUUGCUAACAACAGUGAGCCCAAAGCGACGCAGGACUCCCACCACUCAGUUCAGGACUUUUUCGUGUCUCUCGGGUGUCCACGGCACCGACAACAACCCGGACUAACAAAACACGCCGUGAACAAGCUAGCAGCCGCCUUUACCCGCCUCAUGGACUUGUGAGCCCGCUGUGUGCGAGUUGCUAAGCUAACAGCUAAGCUAACAUGGCCGCCAACCCACCCGGACCAGGCUUCCAGAACAAGACCCGGGUGGCCAUCCUGGCGGAGCUGGACAAGGAGAAGCGGCGGCUGCUGCAGAGCCAGUCCAUGAACAGUCCCGGAGCCAACAUCCCUCUGUCGUCCAGACCCAGCCUGAAGGAGGUGAGGGACAGCGCCGAGCAGCAGCACAUCGCCGCCCAGCAGAAGGCCGCCCUGCAGCACGCCCACGUCCACUCGUCCGGCUUCUUCAUCACCCAGGACUCGUCGUUUGGGAACCUCAUCCUCCCGGUGCUGCCCCGGCUGGAGCCCGAGCUUUGACUCUGAAGGACGGACUCAAAUACAGACACUGAUAGCAGCUCACAAACUGUUGUUCUGGUUUAAUGUGCUCUUGUCUUGUAAUUAGACGCUUAUUUAGACAUCAAACACUCAGACUGACUGAAUAAAACAUGACAUUUGGA